CUCCAGUUGUUGUUAUUGUGGGGUAUUUUGAAAAUGCAGCAGCUACGAAAUGCCGUGGUGCACGGUCUGGCUAGGAGGAUUAGGCCCCCAUCGAGAAGUGCCCACAGUGCCGGUGCCGAGAUCUACGACGUGGUGGUCAUUGGAGGCGGACAUGCCGGCACAGAGGCCUCGGCGGCAGCUGCUCGCAUGGGAUCACGCACCUUGCUGCUAACCCACAAACUGGAGACUAUUGGCGAAAUGUCCUGCAACCCGUCGUUCGGUGGCAUUGGCAAGGGUCACCUGAUGCGCGAGGUGGAUGCCCUGGAUGGCGUAUGUGCCCGCUGCUGCGAUGUUUCCGGAGUACACUACAAGGUGCUCAAUAGACGGCGCGGUCCAGCUGUUUGGGGACCCAGGGCGCAGAUCGAUCGCCAGCUGUACAAAAAGGCUGUGCAGCAGGAACUGCACAGCACCCCCAAUCUGGAGAUUCGAGCAGCCGCUGUGGACAACCUGCUGAUAGAGGAUGAACAGGAUACCCAAGCCCGCCGCUGUUCCGGCGUCCUGUUGGCCAACGGGGAAGUGGUGCGCAGUCGAUCCGUGGUGCUCACCACGGGAACAUUCCUGCGGGCACACAUAAACAUCGGACUCGAGGUGCGACCGGCCGGCCGAAUUGGAGACGAUCCAGCCAAAGCACUGGGCGAGGCGAUCGACAGAUUAGGUUUUCGCAUGGGGAGGCUGAAAACUGGAACUCCACCUAGAAUAGCCAAGGACAGUGUGGAUUUCUCACAACUCCAAAGGCACGACGGUGAUGAUCCGCCUAUGCCUUUCUCCUUUCUUAACAAAGACGUUUGGUUACCCGCCAAGGACCAACUACCCUGCUACCUUACCUACACCACACCAAAAGUCAGCGACAUUGUGCGCGACAAUCUUCAUGUAAAUCGCCAUGUCACCGAGGAGAUUACCGGCCCACGCUACUGCCCCUCGAUUGAGUCAAAGAUACUGAGGUUCGGCGCGAAGGUUCAUCAGGUGUGGUUAGAGCCAGAAGGUCUGGACAGUAACUUAGUGUAUCCCCAAGGAAUCUCCUGCACGCUGCCCCACGAUCAGCAAGUGGAGCUGGUCCAUGCCAUUCAAGGUCUGGAAAAGGCGGUAGUUGUCCAGCCCGGCUAUGGCGUGGAGUACGACUUCAUAGACCCCCGUGAGUUGUAUCCCACACUGGAGACGAAACGAGUGCCAGGACUCUUCUUUGCUGGCCAGAUAAAUGGAACUACGGGCUAUGAAGAAGCAGCCGCACAGGGCAUCAUAGCUGGAGCCAAUGCAGCUGGAAAAACCAGGCACAUGGAUGGAAGGCAACUAACUAUAAGUCGAACUGAGGGCUACAUAGGAGUGUUGAUCGAUGACCUGACUUCGUUAGGCACUAAUGAACCCUACCGCAUGUUUACUAGUCGGGCAGAGUUUCGGUUGUCACUACGUCCGGACAAUGCCGACAUGCGUCUCACCCAAAAGGGCUACGAAUUUGGACUUGUAUCUUCAGAUCGCUACCAGCAAUUCCAGCAAACCGAGGCGAGACUGCAAUCGGCCAUUGAUUCCUUGCGGCGAUUACGGAAGCACACUCACUACUGGCGACAAGCACUCAAUCUGCCCAAGGCCAAAGCUUCGGUAGAAAAAACGGCUUUCGACAUGCUGGGAAUUCCGGCGGAUAACAUCACUAUUGAGAAGCUAAUCCAGCUUCAUCCCAACGAACUGAGCUGGCUGAAAGGCGAGCGGAAUCUAGCCGAAAGGCUGAAAAUCGAGGCACUGUACUCGUUCUUUGUCGAUGAACAGCAACGAGAUGUGGAGGAUGUUCGUCGGGAGGAGCGCCUGUCCAUUCCCGCCGACAUUGAUUACUUCUCAAAGUCCCUGAGCUUGUCCAACGAGGAGCGACAGAAGCUGACGCUCAUCCAGCCACAGACAAUUGCGGCGGCUAGUAGAAUACAAGGAGUGACUCCUUCGACAAUUGUAAGGAUUCUUAAAUACGUUAAAAAAGCGGAGGUAGCAAAAGCCUAGGUGCGAUUAUGAAUACAUAAUGUUUGUAAAAAUGUAUGUAAUAUUUGAACUUCCUUAUACUUGACUAUAUAAAGUAUCGCAGAGUCCCAAGCCAAAAAAAAACUUGCAAAGUACAUCCUUAAGUAGAGUUUAUUUCAUAAAAUCAUAAAUGCCUUAUGUAAAAUUGCA